AUGAUGAACUGCUCUGGUCUGUUAAAUCUCCAAAAGGAACCAGUUCCUCUGAAGAGCAUUGAGGUGGAGCUGGAGGUGAGGGACCAUGUGGCUACAGUGGUCUCCACUCUGAACUACGAGAAUAAGGAGAACAAACCAUUAGAGGCUGUUUUUGUCUUCCCUCUGCCUGGAGAUGCUGCUGUCUAUCAUUUCAGUGCUAAGAUUGGACAGACACAGAUUGUAGCUGAGGUGAAGGAGAAACAGAAGGCUCAUGAGGAGUAUGAUGAUGAUCUGAGUUUCGGUCAGCAGGCCUUCCUAUUGGAGGAGAGUGAUCAGAGUCCAGAUAUAUUCUCUCUGAGUGUGGGCAGUCUGCCUCCAGGAGAGAGCGCAUCCAUCAGGUUGGAGUACGUGACUGAGCUGGCUGUGCAGGCUGAUGAUGGUCUGAGGUUCUGUCUGCCUGCUGUGCUCAACCCUCAACACAAAUAUCUGGGUAGGAAAUCUAAAGGUUUCGAGGUGGUUUAUAUUCCAGCUUCUCUGGUGCCCCACAGCCUGUCUUUCUCUGCCCGAGUGUCCUCUCCUCGUCCAAUCUCUAAAGUAGAGUCCAACUGUUCUCUGGACCCUCUCCAGUACCUCAACACUGAUCAAACCCAGGCCACGGUCAAGCUGGCUGCAGGACACAAGUUUGACAGAGAUGUUGAACUGCUGAUUUAUUACAAAGACGCCCACCAGCCCACUGCUGUGGUGGAGGGAGGACAGGCCUCUGCUGAGCCAGGCACUCUGAUGGGUGAUCCAGUGGUGAUGGUGAGUCUGUACCCUGAGUUCCCAGAGACUGUGAUGUCUUCAGGGACUUCUUGUGGAGAAUUUGUGUUCUUAAUGGAUCGAUCUGGAAGUAUGGACUGUGCUAUCAGUAAGAGUGAGCAGGAGGAAACUCGUAUGAGCUCUGCCAGGGAUGCUGUGCUGCUCCUGUUGAAGAACUUACCAAUGGGCUGCUAUUUCAACAUCUACAGUUUUGGGUCCAGUUAUGAACACAUCUUCCCUAAGAGUGUGGAGUAUAGCCAAGAGACCAUGAAGGAGGCUCUGGAGAAAGUUGAUCAAAUGGAGGCUGAUUUGGGAGGAUCAGGGAUGUUGGAGCCCCUUAAACAUAUUUACAACCAGCCUUGCAUUCCCAGUCACCCUAGACAGCUGUUUGUCUUUACUGAUGGAGAGGUGUGGGACACCAAAGAAGUGAUAGAUCUGGUGAAGAAAAACUCAGAUUCUCACAGGUGUUUCUCUUUUGGGAUUGGGGAAGGGGCCAGCUCUGCUCUCAUCAAUGGGAUGGCCAAAGAAGAAGGAGGAGGUCAUGCUCAGUUCAUCACAGGGACUGACAGGAUGCAAGCAAAAGUGAUGCAGUCGCUGCGAUUUUCUUUACACCCUAUUGUCACAGUCACAUGGGAUUUACCAAAGGAAGUGUCUGUCACUGUCCUCUCUCCACCAAUCACAACACUUUUCAAGGGUGGAAGGUCACUGAUUUAUGCCCAGCUCACUGGACAGAGUUCAGAGGCAGCAGAGGGCUGUGUGACGGUGAAGUACAGCCUGGCAGGUCAUCCCUCUGAGAACCAGCUGCACUUCAGUCUCAGACCUGCAGAGGACACUGGACUAACAGUACACAGGUUGGGGGCUCGGAGUCUGAUUCGCUCCCUGGAGAUAGAGGAGAGAGAGCACAAAGAACAUGAAGAUGGAGGAGUGAAGGAGAAGCUGGUGCAGCUCAGUGUCCAGUCAGGAGUGAGCAGCUCUUUCACUGAUUUCAUUCCUGUCAGCAAAGACAACAGAGACACAAUUCAAGGACGUUUUCUGCUCAGAAAUAAUGCAACACCCUGUGAGUUUACUGACAGAUAUAGCAGACAGUUUGUGAAAUGA